CUGAUUGAUAUGCAAUCACAACCAGAUGGCGAAAAUAAAUAUAUUUUCGUAUACCAAGAUCACUUCACAAAGUUUGUGAUUUUGAAACCUAUGAAAAAUAAAACUUCUCAAGAUGUGGCGGAACAUUUGACAUCUAUAUUCAAUUUAUUUGGCGCGCCUUCCAUUCUUCACACAGACAAUGGACGGGAAUUUAAAAACGAAACCAUCCAAAAGAUAGUGGAGAUGUGGCCUGGCUGUAAAAUGGUCCAUGGAAGACCAAGGCACUCCCAAUCUCAGGGAUCGGUCGAGCGUGCCAAUAAAGAUAUUAUGAAUAAAUUACGCUGUUUUCUUCAUGAUAACAAAACAACGUGUUGGGCUAAUGCGUUGGGAACGAUCCAGUUCCAAAAAAAUAUAUCUUAUCAUAGAGGAAUCAAAUCAUCACCCUAUGAGGUUAUGUUUGGACAUAAACCUAAUAUCUGGGAUUCCUCUUUGACAAAAAAAUUGGAAGAUACAGGAGAUGAUACUGCUUAUUUGGAUGACGAUAAAAGCUAUUUCCAUAAUCUGGUAAAUUAUACAGAUUCGGAAGAUUCUGAUGAAUUUGAAAACAAUAGCAAUUCUAUCCGAGAAGAUUGUAUAACACCGGAUCCUGUUGAUUUUGAAAACAAUAGCAAUUCUAUCCGAGAAGAUUGUAUAACACCGGAUCCUGCGGAAUGUGAAAAGAAUCACAAGUCUGUCCAAAUAUAUUGCCCCUCUCCUGAUCUAGCUACCGAAGACGAUACCAUUCGCAAACAUAUUAAUGCGAUCAAGAAAAUUAGGAAAAUUUCGAAAGAGGGUUUAUUACUACAAGCUACAAAGAUGAAAAGAGAUAGCGACAAAAAACUAAAACCUGGAGAAAUUGGUGAUUCCGUAUUAUUGCCAAUUCCACCAGUCGAUCAAGGGAGACUGGAUCAUAAAAUGCUAUUGGGAGUAAUUACAGAUAAAUCCACAGAUGGAUUUUACAAAUUAGGAACAAGUCGUGGCCAUUUAUCUGGUCAUUAUGCUAGGUCACAAUUUGACCUAGCAAAAAAAAACUAUAUUAACGUUGGAGAUGUGCCACCAAGUUGUCAUACCUUUAGAACAAUGGUUGGCAUGUCUUCAAUAGGCUCUGGGCAAGGUUUUAAACGUUGCCAUUGUAAACAAAAUUGUAGGACAAAUAGAUGCAAAUGCAAGGCAUCUAAUGUGUCCUGCAAUUCACAUUGUCAUACAAAAAAUAAUUUAUGUCAAAAUAAAUGA